UUCCUCUCUUUACGCUUUAUUUUCUUUUUUUUUACAAUUUUGACAGUUCCAAUUGGAACGGCUGUUUGUUAACUAAAUUAAAAAUAUAUUCCUUACUUUAAUUUAAAAACAAAAUAUAAAGAAAAAUAAUUUACAUCAACAUUAAUGCGAUGGUGCAUUACAAAUGUACCCGUUGGGCUGUGGAUAUAUCCAGCUGGACACCAACACUUACACAACUGGCACAGGCGGUAGCAGUUAUACAGCCAGAGGAACGCGUACGGUUGAUGAAAUUCUUUUUCAUUGACGAUUUCCUUUCAUCACUGGUGGGGCGAUUGUUGAUGCGAAAAUUUAUUAGCACCAACACUAACAUACGCUAUGAGAAUGUUCACAUUACACGUGAUGUACGUGGUAAACCUUAUUUGCAACAUGCAGAUGGUAAUUGCAACAAUCAACUCUGCUUCAAUGUCUCACAUCAGGGAAAGUACAUAGUGUUAGCAGGCAUUACAACUGACAGGAAUAAUGAGGAAAUUUCAAGCAAAACUAGCGGAGAGGAACAAGUGGGUGUUGGUGUGGAUGUCAUGAAAAUAGAAUAUAGCGGUGGAAGAGGAUUAGCUGAAUUCUUUCGCAUAAUGCAACGUAAAUUUUCUGAUACUGAAUGGCGUUAUAUACGACGCCCACAUCACAACGAGGCUGACCAGGUAAAAGCAUUUAUACGCCAUUGGUGCCUCAAGGAAGCCUACGUUAAAGAGCUUGGCGUGGGCAUAACAGUUGAUUUGCAGAAAAUAAGUUUCACGGUGGAUAGAACGCAUGAGCUAGAAAUGAGUACAACACCACUAACGGGCACAACGUUGUGUUGUAAUGAUAAACCCAUGCCUGAGUGGUAUUUUGAGGAGCAUUUGUUACAUCCGAAAUAUUGUGCGGCUAUUGCAUUUAAAAACUUCAAGCCAGAAUUGGGAAAAUUUGAAAAUUUGGAAAUUGAAGAACUUUUGAUGGCAACUGAAGCGGCGAAGAGCGCAGAGGUGAUAGAGUACUGUAGAACCGUGUUGGGGAAAGAACGAAAAAAGUAAUGAGUGCUCUGGUGUUAAGAAAAAGUUUAUGUUAAGUAAAAGAAGUGUAGGUGUAGCUUGAGUCUUAAGUUUUUUUUUAUUGUAACAUAUGUACAUAUGCAUAUCUACUGCUGCAAUGCACCAUAAAGUUGGAAUAUAACUUUUGCAAUUCAA